UUGUGUCAACCAAACUACACAAAAUGUACAAAGUAACGUUACUUAUUUUCCUAAUAGCAACAAAUUUCCUGUUAUGUAUCCAUAAGCCGAUUAUGGCAGAGCAAGAUGAAAAAGUGAAUAAUGUGAGAAAUAUUAUUAACAAAAAAGAAAUGACUAAUGACUACCGUAUUGUGAACGGAUACGUCUGUUCUACAGAAAAGUAUAAAUUUAUGGUGGCAGUUUACAGAAAGCAUGGUAUAUUUUCAUGGUAUCAGUGUUGUGGAGGAACACUAAUAAGUCCUUAUUGGGUUCUUACUGCAGCUCAUUGUAUAAACCGAACUAAAAUGUAUGGAAUCAGAUAUCAAAUGGACUUUAUACCAAGCGACGUGGUACAAGGUACACCAUUUUGUCAUCCCGGUUAUAAUAAGAUAGGCGUAAUAAAUGACAUAGGUCUAAUACUGUUAAAAAAAGAAGUGAAAUCAAGGCAUGUGGAGUAUGUGACUCUACCAUAUAGGGAUAGUAGUAAUGAUAACCCACCGUGUAAUCAGGGUCUUGUAAUGGGAUAUGGCAAUACUUAUUAUAAACCCAAGUCUUUCUAUACGGAAACUGUAUUGCAAUGUGCUUCUAUUCCCUUAAUAUCAUUUACAGAAUGCAGCCUCUAUUACCCUAAAUUACAACCUAAAACAUUGUGCACCUAUUCCAAAAUCGGAAAAGAUGCUUGUCAAGGAGACUCUGGCGGUCCAUUACUUUGUGGAAAUGUUCAGCAUGGAAUUGUUUCUUGGGGUGUGAAAUGUGGUGAAUAUCCAGGUGUUUAUACCAAGGUGGAUCGCCAUUUGAAUUUUAUUAAGCAGUACCAGUUAAUGUACAAGUCUUCUACAACCGCAUUUUUAAUCGAUGCAAAUAUAAGGAUAUACUUUUUGAUUUAUUUUACAUCUGAAUUAUAUUAAUACAAUCCGUCACAUAUACCUGAUGUGAGCAUCAAAUAAUUUUAAUAUAAUUCCGCAUCUUCUUUAAUUUAAGACUGUAUACUAUAGUUCUUGGCAAUGAUAAUCUAUUUUCUUUGAUUGAUUUAAAGCCACAAUCUUUAAUUGAGACGGUAUAAGCCAAUCGAAUAAUUGCCAAAUUAAUAUAAUUUUAGUCGUAAAUCCCCUAAACCGGAAAGCAAAUAUCUUCUGAAUAUUUCGCCUAAAAUGAUUAAUACUCUUGGGUCAUUUUAUCUGAUUAUUGCUACAAAACUCUUGAAGAUUAAGUCAAAAUGAAAUUAGAAGCGUACACUUAAAAUAUACAGUGGUUUUAUUUCAAAACAAACCAGCCUUAAUACCUUCUUAACCAUCGAGGAAACGCGUCUUAAAAAAUCUACCACUAAGGAACGCGUUGGGGCUAAUAUAGGAAUAUAGGAUCUAAUAAAGGAAAAAAACUACAUUUUUGAUGUCAUCAAUCCCUAGAAAAUGAGCUGAUGUUUCAACAAGAUGCACCACCACAUUACCCUGCUCCCGUUCUUCAUUUUUUGAAAGACGUUAUUCCUGGAUAAUAGAUUGGCCAGAGAGGGUAAUCUAAAAACGAGAGCCUUUGCUAUAAAACCUGACUGCCUUGAAGAUUUUCGAAUUACUUAUGAAUUAUUAAAUGUUUGUGGUGUUAAACUAAUAGCUUUACUGGAUGUCAUCAAUCCCUAGAAAAUGAGCUGAUGUUUCAACAAGAUGCACCACCACAUUACCCUGCUCCCGUUCUUCAUUUUUUGAAAGACGUUAUUCCUGGAUAAUAGAUUGGCCAGAGAGGGUAAUCUAAAAACGAGAGCCUUUGCUAUAAAACCUGACUGCCUUGAAGAUUUUCGAAUUACUUAUGAAUUAUUAAAUGUUUGUGGUGUUAAACUAAUAGCUUUACUGUGCUGUUUGUAAGAGGUGAUCAUCAAUAAUUCCAGAAAAGUACAUAGAGUUAAAAGCAUAAUCUGAAAUGAACUGAAUUUUUAUGUUUUUUUUUAAUAAUUUAGAAUGUACUCUCCGAUACUAACUGUUUUAACUGUAUAUCACAUUAGAGGAUUUAAAAACUUUAA